AUGUGCUCUAACUUCUUCCGGACACUCUAUAGCGGGAGCAACCAAGUCACCCCUAACCCUUCUUUCUGGCAGCAUAUCCCUUCCUCAUCCAUCCCAAACCCCUUAUUCCUCCAGCUUAGCGCUCCCCUUUCCCUAUCCGAAAUCGGAAAAGCACUCCUCUCUCUUUCACGAGGGAAAACCCCAGGCCCAGACGGUCUCCCAGGGGAGCUCUUUCGACAAUUCUCCCCGCGCUUCGCACCGGCCUUCCACUCCCUACUCUCACCACCACAGCCACUCUCCUGCCUCCCUCCGUCCAUGUUGACCGGACGAACGGUCCUUAUCCCCAAAAGGGGGGAUUCUUCGCUAGUGGAAAAUCUCCGCCUCAUUACCCUAAUGAACGCGGAUUACAAGGUACUCGCGCUAUGCCUUGCUAACCGUCUUCAGCUCGUCCUCCCCCAACUCAUCCACCCAUCCCAAACUGCCUUCAUCAAACACAGGAAAAUCGGUGAUACCAUUAACGAUACCUUGGACAUCAUGGAUUGGGCGACCUAUUCCUCGGCGCCCCUUCUCGCUCUCACUGUGGACUUUCGCAAAGCAUACGACCUCGUCGACAGGCCUUUCCUCCUCCACGCCUUAUCAGUUCUGGGACUCCCCACAUCCUUCAUCCACUGGGUUCGAUUAAUGCAUUCCAACACGUGUACACGUAUCUCGGUUAAUAACAUGCUCGGCCCCACCUUCCCCGUCCGCACUGGUGUCCGUCAGGGCUGCCCACUGGCUCCCCUGCUCUUCGUUUGCGUCAUGGAGAUCUUUCACCGCUACACGUCCCUCUUCCUUCCUGGCUUCGCCUUGUCCCACGCACAGCUCCGUCUUAUGGCGUGCUAUGCAGACGACGUCACUCUCUUCCUCACCUCAGAUACAGAGCUCGGACUUGCUGUAGUGCUGCUCGGUGUCUUUGGAUCGGUCUCCGGAGAAAUCCCCAACUGGAGCAAAUGCUCCAUAAUUCCAUUCAAUAUUCCCCCUACUGACCUCGUGCACGCCGGGAGCAUACCUAUCCGAGCUCCCAAUGAGGCAGAACGCAUCCUCGGAAUUUACGUUGAGCGCCUACACCCUGGCUCCACCACCUGGAACAAGGCUCUCGCCCGCAUACAAAGCACCGCCAAGUGUCUAGCAGCACUACACGCCACUGUCACGUGUCGCAAAUCCCUCUCCUCGAUCUUUCUAAACUCUGUCAUCUCCUUUCCCAGACGCUUUCAACCCGCCCCUUCAGACACAAUCAAGCGCCUAGACGUGUCAGUUGGGAACUUCCUUUCAUCCUCGAAACACAAGCUAGACGGCCUCGCACAACGCCUCAUUUCCAAGGCCCUCCUGUACAAUUCCCUCCAAGACGGCGGGGUCGGGGCGAUUGCCCCGUCUAUACAAGUCAAAGCCCUGGCUAUUCAGCGCGCCCUGCGCAGAUUCGGACCAACCCCCUCUGAGGAAGUAGCACGUACCCUGACCCCGUUCCCCUUCGGGCUACAUGGACUACUCUCCCAUAAAGCCAUCCUCGAACGAGAUUGGCUCCCUACAUUCAUCCCCCCGCGGGCACUGGACGAACUUAAAGCCCUCCUCUCUCUCCCCUUGGUCAUUCAUAAGCCCCCCCUACGCAUGCAGUGCAUCCUCACCAAACCUAUCGCCUUCAACCGCUUUCUCCUCAGACCCGACGAACGGCCUUUUGGCACCCGCCAACACGAACGCUUCCUUCUUACAAGGCAGCUCCGCAUCGGACACCUUGUCCGUAUCACCAAUUUUGAUGUCAGCCCCGUCUCUGCAGACGAGUUUUGCUCCCAAAUCCUGGAGGAGUUCCAUGAAGACGCAACACGCAUCCUCCCAGACCUUAUCAAGGCUAUCAAACCUCCCUGGUGGGCCGCCCUCCGAACCCCACAUGCCUCUUAUGCCUCUCCAGGUGAAUGGUUCAUGCUUUCAGACGACCACUAUUCCAUCUCUCAUCUCGCCCUCCAAGUCGUCGCUUACAUUCCCCCUGCCUCCGUUUCGGCCACUGUCCACUCCGUCUCGCCAAAUCGUCGCAUCGCCCGCAACCCAACAAACACCGGACUCUUCCGUUUACAAGACCUCAUCGAGGUGCACGUCAGGGAUUGGUGGCUCGCAGGGCCACUUCACACAGGGGCAGGGUUAGGAGCUAGGAUUGGACUUCUACAGGACGGCACCCCCAGCAUCGCCGACAUCCGCCGUCUCCUCUACUCAGCACAACCGCUAACUCACCACAGCCGAUGGACCCGCGAUCUCACCCUUCCUCCUCCUCCUCUCCCAGGCCUUAAGGACGCAUUUCUCAAGGACCAGCCAAGCCGUCAGCGGGACAUCCUUUUCAGACUCUUCACGCUCACCCUUCCCUCUGGAUCACGCUUCCAGUACUUUGACGAUCGAGGGGUUUGCCCUCGAUGCCCAGCUGCCGUCGUCGAGACACUGCCACAUAUAUUCUUUGAAUGCUCCUCCGCCGGAAACGUCAUCUCGGCUCUUCGCACAGUCGCUGACUGCCAUCUAGGACAAACCACCACAGCCGAACACAUCUUCUUCCCGAUACAGUCACGGGUGGGACAGUCCCCCCCAUGGAGCCUACUAGUGGGAGCUGCAGUUAAGACACUGUGGAAUGCUCGCUGCGACCACAAGUACCGAAACUCCUCCUCCUCGAGCUUCGAGAUACUACAGCUGGUAUUAGCCCAAUUUCUCAUCGCUUUCAAAAUCUACAUUUGGAGAAGCAGACGCCAAUCUACCAAGAAGAGACAACGUACAUCCUCCAGCAUCAAGCGCGCACAAAAACUUCGCUUCCUCCUCUUCGACAGGAGCGGUACACCCUCUAUUCACCCCGACCUCAGAGCCUCAUGGCUUAUGGGAAACCCGUUCCGACCCCCGUAG